CUGCGCGUGACGUCACUGUGCGGCGCCGGCAGGAAGAGGGGCUCGGCGGCGCACGUGGGGGGAGGCGCGGCGGGCGGGCGCAUGGCGAGUUCCGCGGGGCUGGCGCUGUGCGGGCAGGCGCUGGUGGUGCGGGGCGGCAGUCGGUUCCUGGCCACCUCCACUAAGAGCAGUGAUGAUGAUGUCCUCUUCACGUAUGAUUGCAGCACUGCAGAAAAGAAGUCACAGGAGAAUAAAGGGGAGGACGGGCAGCCCACGGAUAAGGGGAGUGAUACGAUUCUGGCGUCCACCUUCUCCAAGUCUGGCAGCUAUUUUGCUUUAACUGAUGACAGUAAGCGUCUGAUUCUUUUCCGUACAAAACCAUGGCAAUGUCUGAGUGUCAGGACUGUGGUGAGGAGGUGCACGGCCCUGACCUUCACGGCCUCGGAGGAGAAGCUUUUGGUGGCCGACAAGUCUGGGGAUGUUUAUUCCUUUUCGGUGCUGGAGCCACAGGGAUGCGGCAAGCUUGAGCUUGGGCACCUGUCGAUGUUGUUGGAUGUGGCUGUGAGUCCCGACGACUGCUAUGUCCUCACCGCCGACCGGGACGAGAAGAUCCGGGUCAGCUGGGCCGCGGCGCCGCACAGCAUCGAGUCCUUCUGCCUCGGGCACACAGAGUUUGUGAGCCGCAUCUUCGUGGUGCCCGACCACCCCGAGCUGCUGUUGUCCUCCUCUGGGGUAAGUGCUUCGCUCUGCCCUGUGUGCCUCUGGGUGCCUUUCGCCGGGGAGCCACGCGGGGGGGAUGGGUCUGCCAGCCACGAGCUCUUUUGUUCCCAGUUCUGGCUCUUUCACUUGGUGGCUGUCCACUAGAUGGUGCUUGUUUUCCGAAUUUUGGAGCUGCCUGUGGCUGGCUCCUUGCUUAGGGCCUUCCAUUCAGGGGCCACAUCUGUAACAGCAUUGUGACCUCUGUUCUGGCAGUCAGGUGGGAAGACCCCUUCUGAAUUCCAGGGGACUUGGGUUCCAUCCAGUUACUGCCAUGCUGGCUCUUCACCCCGGCCUGGUGGGGGCUUUGAUUGGUGACGAAAACUUCUAUGUCCUGGCAGUUGGGGCUCGAUGGUUUAGUGAUCAGAGACUUGGUUCUAAGGAAUAAUCUUUAAAAGGUUCAUUAAACAGUAGUUUUUGCCAAAGCGAAGGGUUUGAAUUACUGAUGGUGUCUCAUUUUUUCUUUUUUUCUGAAAGCUCUGUCCUGUUCCUCCUCCUGUCUUUCCUGCCCCUUAGUGUUUUGUGGGACUCAGGUGCCUGGCAGUGGGAGGUGGGGGGGCUGCAUGGGAGGCGCCUGGACCUCUUAAGAGUUAGGGUUUCUGGGUGGGAAGAGCCGCCUCCCUAGCGUCCUGCAGAUAUCUGGCCACUGUCUGCGUGUCUGUGUUUCAUUCCUUUGCCACAUUUGUGUUCUUACAGUUUCUGCCGUGCCGUGUCCUGUUCUUCACAGCAGUGCAUGGUCCUGCGAUAGCAAACAAAAUAGAUAUGGCUGGAGUCCCCAGAGGUGGCCAGUUUUUGUGAAUUUUGUUGUACCUACGUCUUCCAGUCUUUUUCAUGAUAAAAAAAAUAUUCAAGCUCCCAGAAAAGUAAAACGAACACCUUUGAUUUUAGCACUAGCUUGGCAAGUUCGGGCAUUUUGCCCGUGACCCUGUUUGAAGGUACAGGAGGGAUGGUGCUCCAGUGGCGGGGUGCGUGGCCUGCCGUGUGCCCCACACCUUGCAGAGUGCACUUUUCAUUUUCAUCAGAAGCAAUAUACUUGUAAAGUGAAAUUCUGCUGUUGGGCCUACAGGAAAAUGGCCGUGGCUCCCAACGCCCCUAUAAGGCGUGCCCUUGGGCUUCACAGCCUUCUUAAUGGCUGCCCGGCGUAUCCAGAGAACUCGAGCAGUCGAGAAACAGGAACACGCAUUUUCUGUGUGCCCUCCCACCCUCUCUGUGCCCGUCGUCCCCUUUCCUGGUGGGCUGCACCCCCGGUAGUACCCCCACCCCCAUAUUCAUAUUCAUCCUCUCUGUGUCCGUGUUUGUCUGUCUCUGUCUUUCUCUUCUGUGUUUCCGAGCAGUGCCUCUGAAGGUGGGGGGAGGGUGUUGUCAUAAGGCUGCUGUCCUGGGCCCUGGAAGUGCCCUUAACCCCCAACGACUGGUGGGUGGGCGGGCAUAGAGCUCGAGGUGAGAGUUCCUCCCAGGGAUUUGGAAGGUGAGGGGCCUGUGUUUUCUCUGGUUGGUUUCUGUGCUUGGCUUUCUCCCCACUUUCACUUGAAAAAUCUGAGGCCAUUCUGAGUUUGGGUCCUUUCUGUGGAAUCUGUUCCCCCUUUCCUGAACAUUUUGGGGGCCUUCUUGCCCCUGUGCUCUGAAGUUGGGGGAGAUGGGGGCUGGGCUCUGGAGACCAGCUUGCACGGUCAGUGGCCCCUGCGAUUCAAGGUUCUUGGUACCGGGAGUGUCCUCACUCGGGCGCUUCUCCUUGAAUCUGUGUUGUGGGAUGUUGGGCUACGUUGGUUGCCUGGUUCUUUCUCUUUCCUUUGGCCUCUGUCUCAUGUCCUACAUCUGCUUUUUGGAACUUGUCCUCAACUUUAUUUCGUAGUGUCCUGUGGGGAUUUCAUUUCUGCUGUUCCUGGUAAUUGUCACGAGCUUUUUCUCGUCCU